GGCUGAGCCGAGCCAAUGGGGAGCGCCAGGGGCUCGGCUCGCCCGUUCUCACGCCCCACCCUCGGAGUGAAGAAAGUUUCGCCCCGCCGCCGAGAGAGACGAGAGGACAUGGCCUCGCCGAGGUGGCUCUGGUGUGUGUGUGCGACCACAGCGGUGGCACUGCUGCUCAUUUCCAAGGUUCCUUCGGCCUCUGCCCAAAGAAAGAAGGAGAUGGUGUUAUCUGAGAAGGUGAGUCAGCUGAUGGAAUGGACCAAUAAGAGACCUGUAAUAAGGAUGAAUGGAGACAAGUUCCGCCGCCUUGUUAAAGCCCCGCCAAGAAACUACUCUGUUAUCGUCAUGUUUACUGCUCUCCAACUUCACAGACAGUGUGUCGUUUGCAAGCAAGCUGAUGAAGAAUUCCAGAUUCUGGCAAAUUCUUGGCGAUACUCCAAUGCAUUUACCAACAGGAUAUUUUUUGCCAUGGUGGAUUUUGAUGAAGGCUCUGAUGUAUUUCAGAUGCUAAACAUGAAUUCAGCUCCAACUUUCAUCAACUUUCCUCCGAAAGGAAAACCCAAAAGGGCUGAUACGUAUGAGUUGCAGGUGCGAGGGUUUUCAGCUGAACAGAUUGCCCGGUGGAUUGCAGACAGAACUGAUGUCAACAUUAGAGUAAUAAGACCUCCAAAUUAUGCUGGACCCCUAAUGUUGGGAUUGCUUCUGGCUGUUAUUGGUGGACUUGUGUAUCUGCGAAGAAGCAAUAUGGAAUUCCUCUUUAAUAAAACUGGAUGGGCUUUUGCGGCUUUGUGUUUUGUGCUUGCUAUGACAUCUGGCCAAAUGUGGAACCAUAUAAGAGGACCACCAUAUGCUCAUAAGAAUCCCCAUACAGGACACGUGAAUUAUAUCCACGGGAGCAGCCAGGCCCAGUUCGUAGCUGAAACCCACAUCGUUCUUCUCUUCAAUGGUGGGGUUACCUUAGGUAUGGUGCUUUUAUGUGAAGCUGCUACCUCUGACAUGGAUAUUGGGAAGCGAAGGAUGAUGUGUAUUGCUGGGAUUGGACUUGUUGUGUUAUUCUUCAGUUGGAUGCUUUCUAUCUUUCGAUCAAAAUACCAUGGCUAUCCAUACAGCUUUCUGAUGAGUUAAAGAGGAUUCCAGAGAAACAUUGACACUGGUAAUGGAAACUGAAAAAUAGAAACUAUUUGGUGUUUGAAGAAUGCAACUCACAUUUUAUAUUACCUCUUUUUGUCAAGUGAUCUAAAUAGUUAAUCAUUUAACCAAAGAUGUGUAGUGCCUUAACAAGCAGUUGUAAGAUCAUGAAGUAUUUGGAAUUGCUCCUCUUAACCUUCCCUUCCCAGUGAACUUAUGAAACAUUUGGUUUUUGUAGAAUUAAGUACUUUAUAAAAAUUAAAACUACUACUUCAUUUUACUUAGAGCCAAACUCAAAACUGCUAUAGUUAACUUUCAGUCAUGUGAUUUUAUCUAAGGUUGGGGAUGGGAGGUUCUGAGCAGGAAUUCCCACCUCUGCCUUUUGCAAACAACUGCACCUGGAAGCCGUUGUUCUUUUUCCUUUUCUGUGCUUCUCCUUUCUCCUUUCCUCCUGGGCCAAGCUGUCAUAUGCACCGUGUGAUCUGAAAAUGGGCUGUGGAGCCUUUGGAAGAACACAUGUCUUCCUGUGUCUUUCUGGCUGAAAUCAGCUACAUGUGCCUCCUUUUACACAUUAAAAAGUACCUCUAACUAAAGACUAUGAUUUGUGCAUGGGUGUGCUGUAACUACCUUGUACAUGGAAAGAUUUCUCAUUCAUUCUGUUUCUAGUUUUAUUUAAGUGGCCCUUCUCUAAUAAUAAUAGUUUGUUGCUAAAAAUCAGUAUAACUUAUAAAUGGUCUCAAAUGUUUAAGUUACACAUUGUCAUUGAUUUCAUAUAUACCUAACAGAAAAUAAGCUGAGUUGUGUUCAUGGAAAGGACUCUUCUUUGAAUGAGAAAACAAAAUCGUGAAAUAUUGAUUUGUUGCCUAGGUACAGAAAUGAAAUGGUUUACCAGGCUGUGGUAGACAGAGGCUGAGCUCUGUGAGUUUGUGGUCAGCCUGGGCUACAUAGUGAGACCCUGUCUCCAGGGGAAAAGACAAAAAAGGAAGGAAGAAAGUAAUGUUUUCAAGCUGACACUGUGGCUAGCAGGAGUCACUCCAAUCCCAAUGCCUUAGGAAAAAAGGAAGAUUUCGUGAAACCUGGUCUAUGUAUUUUCUAUCUUCUUUUGGUAAGGACUGUUCCUUGAAACCUGGUCUUUUGUUUUUGAAAACACGUGUUCCGUAAAACAUGGGCUGUUUUUUUAAAUAAGUGUUUCUUGAAACCUAGUGCGGCUCUUGUUUUCAUUUGGUUUUUAUUUGUGUGCCGGUUUUCUACACGGACUGUUUCCUGAAACCUGCCUUUGAGACAACGCUAGCUGGCCUUCCCUCUCAGAGGGCGGGAGAGCCACCCCCCUCCGGCUCACAUUCAUCCUUGUGGCUCAGCUUCUCCAGAGCUGCGGCUGCAGGCAUGUGCCACCAUCAACUGUAAUCGGAGUUUGCUCUCACUUGAGCUUUUUAUUUACCCCAUAAAUUAGAGAUACAAAGAAUGGUGACAGGCACCUGCCUCUGCUCUCAGCUGUCCUGCUGGCUGAAGUAGAAUCCACGAAGUCCAAGAACUUGAGACAGUCUGGCAUCAUACUAACACCUCAUCUCAAAAAAUAUGUCAGAAAAUAAAACUAUCAAGGGAUUAUCUUUGAAUUUUAUCUUUUCUUCCUGGAAGUGAAGGGAAUAACCAUAUAUGCUAACCAGUUUUCCAUGAGGAAUAUUUAAAUCGUGGUUAUAAUGUGGCUGACUCUGGCUUUCCCCAUAGCUAUAAAGAGUAAUCUGAAAUGCCACUGUUAAUAAGUGUAGGCAUGGAGUGGAGCUCAGUGGGAGAGCACUUACACGGCGGUAAGAGCACUUAGAAGGCUGCGGGUCCAAAGUCUAGGAAUGUAACUGAAAAGUGGAAAGACAUAUUAGAAAUAUUACAUUUAAAAUAUAGACAUGGAUAUGUGACUGAGUUGAUACACUGCUUGCCUAGCAUACAUGAAGCCAUGGGUUCAAUCCACAGCAUCACAUAAGCCAGGUAUGCUAGCACAUAUGUGUAAUACCAGUUCACUCAGGAGACAGAGACAGGAAAAUCAGAAGUUCAACCUCAUCCUUGAGUAUAUAGCAAGUUUAAGGCCAACCUGAGCUACAUAAGACUCUAUCCCAGAGACAAAACACACAAACAAACAAGAAAAAAAAAACAAGAAAAGAUACUGUGACUAUUCCCUGCUAUUGACCAUGCAAUAGCCUUCUCAUGUAAUAGAGGUUUAUGGAAAGAGAUGGACAUAAUUGGCCCAGAAAAAGUGUUUUGGGUGGGCUGUUGUUGUUGCUACAAAUUUGAUGAUUAGGAGGAUACAGUUGAUCGAUGUUCCUUGUAAAUUGAGUGAUUAAUUCCUUAUCUGCUAUUCUUGUACUUGUCUCUGCCAAAUGAGUUUACGCUGUGAUUCUUAGGAAACUGGUGUGAAGACUUAUAAAGUUGAACUGGGCAGCACUCCUACUGUGUAACCUCCAGCUGCUGGUGCCUCCCGGUCAGUGUUUUGUGUGUUUUCUCCUUGUUAAAGAGCACCAUUCUUCAGUACACAGAAAGGGUUGCUCUGGCUAAAAUCUGUGGAAAGCAGAUUUUCUCGUUUAAAAUAGUGUUACUUUUGUGGAAAUUUUAAAUUUAGCUUUUAUCUGAAGUGCCUUAAGUAGAUUCUUAAUUUACUUUUCUAGUACUGGUUUUAAUAUAAUUCAUUAUGUAUUUUUAAUAUACUGUUCAAAAUGAUACAUUAUUAUAGCAAAGAUAACCAAAUGUCUGGCUUACUGCUUCCUCUCAAUAAACUUUUACUAUCUAAAUUACA